CCCGCACCUCGUUGGCUGAUUCUCAAUGGCCCCGCGAGCGCACAAAAUUGUCAAAUCCAAAAUCCCCAUAGCAAAUUACGCUUCAAGCCGCCGAAGCAAGACAAAUCUUCAUCCCCAAUCACCAACCAAUUACCGCCAAAAUGCCUCGUGAGGUCGCUGAUAUCAAGAAGUUCAUCGAGAUCUGCCGUCGGAAGGACGCCUCCUCCGCGCGCAUCAAGAAGAACAAGAAGGUUGGCAACGUCAAGUUCAAGGUCCGCUGCCAGAAGCACCUGUACACCCUGGUGCUCAAGGACGCCGAGAAGGCCGAGAAGCUCAAGCAGAGCCUCCCUCCCAACCUGUCGAUUGCGGAGGUGUCCAAGAAGAACUAAACGAACCACGAUGGCGGCGGGAACGGAUAUCAUGAUGAAUGGGCGUCUCGGGGUACCCUUUGCAUUAGGCCACGACUCGAAAUAAAAGUCCACCUCACAAACCACCAAAUACGGAGU